AACUAAAUCAACAGCUAUAGAUAUAUAGAUAUACACUUGUGUGUAUCUCUCUCUCUCUCAUGGCUUCCUCUAUUUCUCUACUGUUAUUGCUGUCCAGUUCCCUCCUUUUACACUCAUAUUUUCAGUAUGCAGAAGCUCAACAAGUUGCUGAUGGACUUUCAUGGAGUUUCUACAAUUCUUCAUGUCCUAACUUGGAAUCCAUUGUAAGAAAACAGCUGAAAAAAGUGUUCAAGAACGACAUCGGACAAGCCGCUGGAUUGCUUCGUCUCCAUUUCCAUGAUUGCUUCGUCCAGGGGUGUGAUGGUUCGGUGCUGCUAGAUGGAUCGGCAAGUGGGCCGAGCGAACAGACGGCACCACCCAAUUUGAGCCUGAGGGCCGAGGCCUUCAAAAUCAUCGACGAUCUUCGAAGACGUGUGCAUAAAAAGUGCGGUGGAAUCGUCUCUUGUGCAGAUAUUCUCGCUCUCGCCUCCCGUGAUUCUAUUUUUCUAUCUGGCGGGCCCGACUACAACGUUCCCCUAGGCCGACGCGACGGCCUCGAUUUCGCCACCAUCGCUGCCACGUUGGCAAACCUUCCGGCACCAUCGAGCAACACCACCACCCUCCUCGAGUCUCUUGGGACCAAGGGCUUCACCGCCACCGACGUGGUGGCGCUCUCCGGCGGACACACCAUCGGAAUCGGCCACUGCAGCUCCUUCACCGGCCGCCUCUACCCCAACCAAGACCCCGUCAUGGACAAAACAUUCGCCAGAAACCUCAAAACCAUUUGCCCCGCGCCCAACUCGAACAACACAACUCAACUCGACCUUCGGUCGCCAAACAUAUUUGACAACAAAUACUACGUGGAUCUAAUGAACAGACAGGGGCUUUUCACCUCGGACCAGGAUUUGUACCAGGAUUCUCGGACAAGAGCCAUCGUCACGAGUUUCGCGGCUAACCAGACGAUUUUUUUCGAGAAUUUUGUGACCGCUGUCGUGAAAAUGUCGCAGUUGAACGUGUUGACCGGGGCGCAGGGGGAGAUUCGUGCGAAUUGCUCCGCUAGGAAUUCGGGCAGUCUGUUGCUUUCUCCGGUGGUGGUCGCCGGAGAGGAGAAGGAGCUCCGGUCGACGGUCUAGGGGUUCUGUUCCAUGUAAUUGUGGUGCCGUGUCAUAUGUUUUUUGGCUUUGUACAAGUAAUAAAACAUUUUGAAUACAGUGUAUUUAUUACCAGUUGCAUAAAACAGUUACAAAAGAC